UGCUCACAACACUGUGUGUGUGUGUGUGUGUGUGUGAGCUGCAGUGAGUGAAUCUGAGACCGUCCAGGGUGCACACUUGCUUGGAAAUUACCAUAAGGAAAUAACUCUUGUUUUGCCUGAAAGGACCACUUGGAUCCAGCACUGGGAAAGUGAUGGCGUACACAUCAAAACUUCCCGCGUCCUGGAAUGACAGACCCCCUCCGAGGAACGUGGACAUUGACCUUAGUUCCCCUGGUUUAGCCGUGUUUGAGCUGGAACGCCUUCUGUUUACUGGCAAGGCCAUCAUCAGCCAUGCAGAUGAGGUGUGGCCAGGGGUCUACAUUGGUGAUCAACACAGCGCAGAGAACCGCAAUGAUCUAUGCAAGUAUGGCAUCACUCAUAUCCUGAACGCGGCUCACAGCAAACGACAAAGCUGCCCUGAGAUCUACCAGGGAAUGAAGAUCGUCUAUAAGGGCGUGGAGGCACAGGACUCGUGCGGCUUUGACAUGAGCGUGAACUUCCGGGCAGCUGCCGACUUUAUCAGCAUGGCUCUGAGCAGGGGAGGCAAAGUCCUGGUGCACUGCCAGGUCGGAGUGAGCCGCUCUGCCACCUUGGUUCUGGCGUACUUGAUGCUGAAGCAGAGGCUCACCCUUGUGGAGGCUAUUUGUGCUGUGAAAGAGAACAGGGGGGUCACACCCAACCGAGGUUUUCUCCGACAACUUAUUCAUCUGGAUUGGCAACUUUUUGGCAAACAUUACUGAAGCCAGAAAAAUACUAAAUCUUUCUCAGGAAUAUUCCAUCUAAGUUUUUAAUACAGUACCUUCUCAAGAAACAAUACUAUGGAAUUAAAUCUGUGUACAGCUUGUAUAGCAGCAUAGAUUCACUACGCACUGAAAAGAACUCAACACACAAUCUUUAUCGUCUACAAUGCUGCAUGUCGGCUGUUGUCGUGAUCCCAGGAUGCAGAGAAGGCAGGUGUCGUGCAGUGAAGUGAAGUGAAUUAUAUUUAUAUAGCGCUUUUUCUCUAGUGACUCAAAGCGCUUUACAUAGUGAAACCCAAUAUCUAAGUUACAUUUAAACCAGUGUGGGUGUCACUGGGAGCAGGUGGGUAAAGUGUCUUGCCCAAGGACAGCGGGGAUCGAACCUGGAACCCUCAAGUUGCUGGCACGGCCACUCUACCAACCGAGCUAUACCGCCUCGUGCAGGCAUAGGGUCGUUUAAUUAGGGAACCAGGCAGAAGAAAUGUAACACGGGUCUUAGCAGGAAACUAGAAGGCAGCAAAACACUGGAGCAUACAUUAGAUCAGUUUUCCCAUUGUUGCCUAGAGCAGUGGUCCCCAACCACCGGGCCGUGGCCCGGUACCUGUCCGCGGACCGAUUGGUACCGGGCCGCACAAGAAAUUAAAAAAAUAAAUAAAAAUAUUAAAUCAACCUAAAAAGCACAAUAUAUACAUUAUAUACUAAUAUUGAUCAAUACAGUCUGCAGGGAUACAGUCCGUAAGCACACAUGAUUGUAUUUCUUUAUGAAAAAAUUAAAUUAAAUUAAAAAAAUAAAUAAAUAAAUAAAUAAAAACACCCCCCCGCAGCUACAAAAAGGUUAGGGACCACUGGCCUAGAGGGCUGCCAAAAAAUAUCCGUUUCUCCGCCGCAGUCUGUAUGGGCCGUACUCCGCUGUAUUACACUUUAUGCGCCACUUGCGGCAGUAAUGACCAUAUCAAAAAAAUCAGCAAAAUUCUGGAGCUAAAGAAGGUAUUUUAAGGCGAAGGAGCGAUGUACAGUGACUACUCUGUUAUCGUCAUGUCUCUUUUUUCUAGUAUUGUCUCUCGGGAACACGUGAUAACAUUGCUGAAAUGAUCAUACUCACUUUGUGAGAUACUGUACAUACAGUCGGGGUCAAAAGUUUACAUACACUCGUAAAGAACAUAAUGUCAUGGCUGUCUUGAGUUUCCAAUAAUUUCUACAACUCUUGUUUUUUGUGAUAGAGUGAUUGGAGCACAUACUUGUUGGUCACAAAAAACAUUCAUGAACUUUGGUUCUUUUAUGAAUUUAUUAUGGGUCUACUGAAAAUGUGACCAAAUCUGCUGGGUCAAAAGUAUACAUACAGCAAUGUUAAUAUUUGGUUACAUGUCCCUUGGCAAGUUUCACUGCAAUAAGGCGCUUUUGGUAGCCAUCCACAAGCUUCUGGCAAGCUUCUGGUUGACCACUCCUCUUGACAAAAUUGGUGCAGUUCAACUAAAUUUGUUGGUUUUCUUGUUUCUUCAGCUUUGUCCACACGUUUAAGUCAGGACUUUGGGAAGGCCAUUCUAAAACCUUAAUUCUAGCCUGAUUUAGCCAUUCCUUUACCACUUUUUAUGUUUCUCUGGGGUCAUUGUCCUGUUGGAACACCCAACUGCGCCCAAGACCCAACCUCCGGGCUGAUGAUUUUAGGUUGUCCUGAAGAAUUUGGAGGUAAUUCUCCUUUUCCAUUGUCCAAUUUACUCUCUGUAAAACACCAGUUCCAUUGGCAGCAAAACAGGCCCAGAGCAUAAUACUACCACCACCAUACUGGACGAUAAGCAUGGUGUUCCUGGGAUUAAAGGCCUCACUUUUUCUCCUCCGAACAUAUUGCUGGGUAUUGUGGCCAAACAGCUGACAUCACAUGGACAAAGAUAAGACCUUCUGGAGGAAAGUUCUGUGGUAGUGUAUGUGAACUUUUGACCAUGACUGUACAUAUGUGUUCACUUUUAACAAAGCAACGUGAAGAGGCAGAGCUUCACAAAAAUGUUAUUACAGUAAGCAUAUGAAAAAUGAUUUUUUGAAAUGUGUGUGAAGUGAAUUAAUUAACUCAUAUUAUGUUUUGCAUACGGUGAAUGUUUAUAUUCAUAUGGGAGAAAGCAAACCACCAGUUUAAUUAGUUAGUAUUUCAGUUUGGGCACAAAAUAACAUAGGGCCCUUUAGUACUGACAUUUGUGUGUGGAUUGGAUUAGGCCAGGGGUCGGCAACCCGCGGCUCUAGAGCCGCAUGCGGCUCUUUGGCGCCGCCCUAGUGGCUCUCUGGAGAUUUUUCAAAAAUGUAUGAAGAAUGGAAAAAGAU